GGUGCUGUUGACGGGACCACGUCAGAUCGCUAGCCUAGUUCUCAAUUCUCGCGAAUAAAUUAGCAAAAGUAUCAGCAGAGAUUAAGCAAAAAUCGAUGAAUGAUAUUGAAGCGGAAAGCCUUUCGCCUGGGCUAUCGGCAUUCCAUCGUGGCCCUGGGGUUCUGUGGGAAUUUCGUCUCCUACACCAUGCGCUUAACGCUGAACAUGGCCAUCGUUCAGAUGACCGCCCCAAAGAGCGACAGUUCUGCCGACAAUUCCACGAAUACCACCGUCGCCGAAGAAUGUCCGCGACGGGAUGCCAACUUAACUGUUGCCGAUGGCCACAACGACGAAAUAUUUGACUGGACGAGCGAGCAAAAAGGCCGGCUCCUGGGUUCUUUUUACUAUGGCUAUGUCGUGACGCAGAUUCCUUCGGGCUACAUGUCCGGAUAUUACGGAGCCAAACUUCCGUACCUCGUCGGUAUCUUCUUGACAUCUGUCUUCACUUUGUGUGCACCAGCAGCUGCGCGCUACAACAUUAAUGCACUGAUGGCCAUUCGCAUCUUGAUGGGAUUAUCGCAGGGUGUCAGCUUCCCAUUGAUGAGCACGAUAUUUGGCCGCUGGGCGCCGCCAGCGGAGCGCACAAAGCUGUUAGCUAUCACUUCCGCCGGUGUACAGCUGGGUACCGUCAUUGCCUUUCCGCUCUGCGGCGCCUUGGGCAUCGCCUUCGGCUGGGCCAGCAUGUUUUAUUUCUUCGGAAUUUUUGGGCUGCUUUUCUGCAUUCCAUGGUACUUCUUCGCCUUCGAUUCCCCGGAGGAACAUCCCCGCAUUACCGGCGAAGAGAAGAGCUACAUUGUCAGCUCCAUCGGGGCACCCGCCAUGGGCGCCAAACCCAGUCGGGUCCCGUGGCGCCGCAUCUGCCGGUCACUACCCUUCUGGUCCUUGAUCACUUCCUGUUGGUGUUCGGACUGGGGUUUCUAUACUCUCCUGUCCGACGUCCCAUUGUACCUUCAAGGCAACCUUCAUUUUGGGCUGAAAGACAACGCCAAUUUCGCGGGAGUGCCGUACAUUGUCAUGUGGGUGGUAAUUGUGACAUUUAGUCCGGUGGCCGACUGGAUCAUUUCCAGGGAGAUGUGUUCAGUGACCGUGCUGCGCAAGGUGGCCACGGUGAUUGGGACGGUGAUCCCGGCGUUCCUAUUGAUCGGCAUACCGCUAUCCGGCUGUUCAAUUCCUUCAGUGUUGGCGUUGUUGGCGCUAUCGACGGGCUUUACGGGGUUCGCCAGCUGUGGAUUCCGUGUGAAUUUCAAUGAUAUUUCCCCCAGUCAUGCUGGAUUUAUUUAUGCCAUCGGGAACAGCGUCGGUACCAUUACUGGCUUCGUGGGCCCAGCCGUUACCGGCACGCUGACCAGCGGUCCCCAUGGACACUCCUCUUCCAACUGGCAGAAGGUCUUCUUCAUCGCCGCCGGUUUCUACUUCCUCGGCUGCCUGGUGUACGUCCUUUUUGGCUCCGGUGAACAGCAGAACUGGGACAAUAAAGAAAAAGGGUUUAACACAUACCGUGUGGCACCGGAAGCUCUGGCCGAAAAGCCGCUAGUUGAAGGCGUCAACGUCAUGCCACCUACCCGUCGUAAGAGCUACAUUCCACCAUGGAUUCCGCCCAGCCAAAACGCACAGCUGACCGAGAGUACCGUCCAUGAGCAGGAGAAGCGACGCCGCAGCAGCAUUGUACCACCGGGAAUGGAGGCCAACGGCAUGGAGCCUGGUAAACGGGGAAGUUUUGCCGAAAGGUCAGGCUUUCCGGGGCGGGUGAUGUCGACGUUAACGGGCACGCGACAUGAAGAGAAGCCGCAUCUACUGCCGGCGUCUUCGACGUUGACAGGGGCUCCGACGCCGGUGAUGUCGACUAUGUCCAGGAACCCUGGGAAGGUGGUCUCCAAGAUACCACCGUAUACGCCGUCAACGAGGGAUACUUACCCCGCUGGUGCACAGCUAGAGGAGAAGCCAUAUAUUUUGCCGGCUUCGUCGACAUUGACGGGAGCACCGAUGCCGGUCAUAUCGGCCCUGUCUCGGAAUCCUGGCAACGUAGCAUCGAAGAUUCCGCCGUACAAACCAUCCAUGCGGGACACCCAUCCAGAUCGAAUGUAGAACCAUCAGACCUCGUGUUAAACUUUUUAUCUCUCGCUUGUACCUAGAAAUUUUUAUUGCUAUUUUUGUCAAUGAGAUGCUAGGAAUUACAUUGUAUAAAUUUUAAGCAUUUUACCAUUUUAUUUCGUUUGCUGAUUUUGUUGUCACUGUACUUGCCAGUUACUGCAAUUUGACUACGAGUACUGAUCGUGCUUCAACAAAAAGUGUCUAUGCAUAUUCUAUUCAGAGAACUCAGGCUCCAAACCGAUUGAUUGGAUUGACGUAAAUGAUAAUUAACGCCGAUUUCUAAUGUUCGCAACAUCUGCGGAUAUUUGUACAUCAAGGAAACUCCAUGUUGUGUGGCCAUUACAACACACCGUUCACAUUUUACAUGCCAGUAACGUUGUUACUUUCAACUAAACACGACAGGAAAGUAAGUGAUGAAACACAACAAAAACAUUAGCGCAAAAAUGAUCACUACCAAAGAUGCGACAUGAUGCGCUAAGCGAUAAUAUGCGCAGACUGCGCGGCAUCGUGUGCCACUUUAGCGGCCGGCUGGAACCAGUUGAGCAGAUACUCUUUGGUCAGCGGUGCCAUGACCCGGACAUGCUGCACAAUUUCGGUGAAGAGCUGGUUCUUGUGCAUUAAACCCAUAAUGGUCACCGCCACGCCCACCGUCAUUACGGCCAUGCACAUGGACACCGGGUUCUUGCUGGACCAGCGAACUGAGUUCCACAGCACCUGCGUCAGGCACACGGCCAGGAUGACGUAGAGAAUGAUGAAAGACAAAUCGGUAAGGAAGUCACUCCAGUGCGGAUUGGUGGCCAGGAUGCCGCCGAGGAAGCUGACCAGGGCACUGGCCAUGCCCAUGACGAAAUAGUCCAGCAUGGCUCUGUAAUCAGGACACUUGGGCAGAAGGAGACCUGUUUAUGUCAUUCCGUCCACGUACUUGAUAGCGACGCGGAAUGGGAUGCGGGUUAACAGCCGGAGAGGAAGGUGGGAGAGAAUGGUGAAUAGGAGGCUCAUACGGGAUAAUUUGAGAAGUACGCACGGAUUGAUAUGUCAGGUUAUGUCAUAAAU